UGAGGACGACGGCAGGAGAAAUUAGUGCAUUCAGCAUUCAGGGCUGGAAUUGGUACCGGUGUUUGGUUUAGGAAUUGGAAUUGGAAUUGGGACUGGGAUGGGAACUGGAACUGGAACUGGACUGUACUACCUCUUGUCAUAUUGGAGAUUACGGUUUUUCGGGCAUAGGAUAUGGGUUAUAUGGACUACGGGACUUUUGGUGUUUUGGUCAUUCUUCUUUUCUGCCGUUAGAAGGCAGCACGGUAUGGAAAUGGUAUGGUAUAUGGGAUCACAGCCUACGGGUAAAAAAAGAGGCUGCUGUUACAGAGCCACUGAUACGGGAUUGUUUAUUGGUUUUGAAGUUGUUAUACUUAUUUCUUUAAUAAGGGAGCUACGCUGCGAAGAUGUUGAAGUAGUAGUACAUAGUAGCAGCAGGAAAUCUAUAUUUUUUGACCCAAAAGCUUGAAAGCAACAGUGAUCUUGGCAGUCAUGCUUUGUGAAGCAAAGAAGGACUUCAACAUUUCCAGGCAAGGGGGAGGGAGCGGCAGAGCUGAGAGCAAAAACCGG